AAUUGAGGCCUUAUCAGUAAGUAACUCUUCGCCGAGCCUCUUCGCCCUAACCGCUGCUUCGAAUCGAGGACUGCUUAUAUUUAACGCAGUAAGAAAAUCCGAUAUGAGUUUCGAAGAAAUCGAUAAACUUUUUGGUACCGAUGGCGUACAAUCAGGCUACGACGCCCUCAAAAAGAGAUACAGUGAAGGAGACAAAGAUCCGGAAGUGCUUUGGAGGCUCGCUAAAUUUUGCCAUGAGCUGGCCAACCGAACAAAGGAUAAAGGAACGAAAAAGCGGCUGAUUUUUGAAGGAAAGGCAUUUGCUUUGGAAGGACAUCAUGCCAACGAGAAUGAAUUUUUCCCAUUGAGAUGGGCUGCAAUCAUGACUGGGUUGUCGACAGAUUAUCUUGGUCCGAAAGAAAGGAUUGAAGAAGGUUCGAAGUUUAAGGCACUUCUGGAUAAAGCUAUAGCUAUGGAUGCCAAAGAGUACUCUCUUCUACAUUCACGUGGGCGCUUUGCAUAUACAAUCGCUAACCUCACAUGGGUGGAAAGAAAGUUUGCUGAAAUUUUCUUUGCAACACCUCCCACCGCUACUAUGGAGGAAGCAUUGGAGGACUUUUUGGCGGCAAAUGAGGAAAAGCCUGAAUGGAUAGCAAAUCUUAUAUACAUAAUACGAAUCUACUUCGCGAAGCAUGAUAAGGAAAAUGCCAAAAAGUACUGCAACAUCUUGCUCGCCGUUACACCAAUAGACGAAGAGGAAAAAGAGCGAGUGCAAGAGGCUCGGAAAAUAUUGGCUAGAUGCUAAGAUAAUUUAUU